UUUCCCUAACGCUCCUACCAAGCGAAAUCCCCGUUUUUUGCCCUCCGCCGUAAAGCUUGAGGAUUCCCAUUGCCACGCUUUGCUCUGCUCCAACGAUGGCGGAGACGAAGACGAAGAGGAUCUGAAGUGAGGAAAGUCGCGACGACAGCUCAACGGUGAAGGCUAAGCCCCUAAACUUCUUAAGCUUCGAAGCCCUAACUUUCUAUAUGCCCGCGACGGAGUUCCUGCGCUACUGUUCUUCCUUCUGUGGUUGCGGUGACAAUAUUCGGGGAGCUGAGCAAAAAUUCUACUAGCUGUUUGGAUUGCUUAAUACUGGAGCAGAUCCAAACUGAGCAAAACCCACAAGGUUAGAUUUUUAGUCUCCUAGUCCCACUUGUGGUGCCAGAAUUUCUACUUUAUGACCAAGUUUAGGAAGCUUGGCCGCCCGGCGGCCCACCGCAUGUCAAUGCUCAGAACUAUGGUGUCACAACUCGUGAAGCAUGAGCGGAUUGAAACAACAGUGGCCAAGGCAAAGGAAGUUCGACGUCUUGCUGACAGAAUGGUACAACUCGGGAAAGAGGGAACACUAGCUGCUGCACGGCGUGCUACUGCUUUUGUUCGAGGAGAUGAUGUUAUGCAUAAGUUGUUCACAGAGCUGGCUUAUCGCUACAAAGAUAGAGAAGGUGGAUAUACAAGACUGCUUAGAACCCGCAUAAGAAUUGGGGAUGCUGCCCCAUUGGCUUAUAUUGAGUUCGUUGACAGGGAGAAUGAACUAAGAGAAGCUAAGCCUCCCACACCGCAACCACCUGAAAAGCCUCCAAUGGAUCCUUGGAAGAGGUCUCGUGUCAGCAAACAGUGGCCUUCAGCUUCAAUUUCUCCAACGCAGGCUGCUACAGCAUCUGAAAAUUAAAUUGACAACCAUUCCACGUCUCUUUGGAGGUACAAACAAUAUUGAUUGAUUUGUAAUCAAUUAAUACUCAGUUAAGGAGCGUGUUUCUGUAUUCAAUCUUGUUAAUUUUCCUCUACUUUAGACCUGCAUUUUCUAGACUUUUCAAGUCAUCUAAGAUAUUAUUGAUUUGUUGUGCAUUUUUUAAUUUUAAUUAUGACUUUUCUUUAUCAUUA